AUAAAACAUCCCAUUCAACCAAUUAUCGGGUCGGAAGAAUAAACUAUUGAAAUUGAAAUCGCAAAACAAGGUUUAUGACAGCGGGCAACAACAGGUGAAGAAAGAAUAUUACUUUUAAUACGCGCCGUAGCGGAUUUUUAACGGAAUGGGGCAGUGCAGUUUUUCUGAACCACAGGCCUUUUCCUACCUACAGUUUGGAAAAUAUGCCGAGCACCCAGUUUACUUGCCGUGAGAAAAUUUUGGGCGGUUACUACGCUGAUCCGGACACCCAGUGCCAAAUGUUCCACGUAUGCGUGAAGGUUGCCGGAGUUGGGGUCCAGGAUUUCCGUUUCUUGUGUCCCAACGGCACCGCUUUCGACCAAGACCAUCAGAUCUGCGCAGAAUGGGAAGACGUCGAUUGUGACGCGACAACUUUGUAUUAUUCCAGCGACAACUUCGAUCUCUAUCGUAUCGGUUCAGGAUUUGAAUCCAAGGCCGUGAAAUACGGCGAAGACGAGGAAACCUUCGCCCUCCAAAGGGCCGAAACCGGGGACGCUAGGAUUAAUCGCGAGCACCAGAGCCAGAGCAUCAAUCAGCAAAGAGACGUUUACAGGCCGCACAAGAGACCCCACCAAAACGAAAACGCCAACGACCGGGACAUAUUUAAGGGCUCGAGUAGCUCGAACUUCUUCAACAACCGCAACAACGGCAAAGAAAAUGACGAAGAUUACGACGACAACGUCAACGUCAACCAAAACCGCGAUUACGAACAGAAGAGGAAACUCGUGAGGAAGCAACAAAGGCGACCGGUUCAGCAACAGAACAACCAAAACCAACAACAGAGCGAGACGCAGACUAGAAGGCCUCAAAGACCGACGGGAUUCAUAAACAACUUCGCUGGAAGCAGUUAUAUUCCAACGUCGACGUCCAAGUCACCCACCACGGCGAACGAAGUGUCAUCCAUUAGCAAUUUUAGGAUAAGAAAUGGUCAGCGGCAGAGGCAGUUCAAUGGGGAAUCGAGUCCCACUCCCGGAUAUACGAUUAGCACGCCCGCACCUUUCAAGCAGAGCCAGCAACCCGCCAGCACGAAAUCUACGACUCAGUACAACAACGGUCAGUACUACAGUACCGGCAAGCAGACCUCUACCGAGAAUUACCCUCCCCAAAGACCUACGACGUCAUUGGUAACAUUUAACAAGCAAACUGAAAACUACCCCUCCAACAAUCCCCAAUAUAAGAGCACGUCUGCCUUUACCAAUUUCCAGUCGCCUGUUCAUGAUAAGAAGGCGACGUCGGCGCCAUUAAAACCGACGACGUUUUCUCCAAAAGCCAAACCGUUUAGCGUUCCAAACACUCAGAGUACGAAUACGUUCCCGACUACUUUUGCACCGAGGACCAACGCGGCGUACACCCAGAUUGAACAGCAGACUACCAACUACAACAAGGAGAGAACCCAGAGCAACUUCAACUCGCAAAGCCCUGCGUCGAGUACUCAGAAAUCGACGCCUUUCACCCAGUACACCCCUACGGUACCCAAGAUCACUUCCACCACUCCGAUCAGCAGAUCAUUUAGGUUCGAUCAAAGUCAGUACGACGACGGUUCUUAUGAUUCGAGGUACGAUUAUGAUGGUGCGAAGGAAGACGAGUUUUUGAAGACCGCGCACAGCCAGAAUAUCGCGAGCAGUAGGAACGAGUAUGAGAAAUCUGUGAGACAGUCCACCACUUCCACAACGCAGAGACCUUAUGAGUCUCCGAAAACUGAAAAUUAUCCCAAAUCGACCAGAUUCGAUUCGAUCAAGAACGUUCAGAAGCCAGCGGAGAAUAAACCAAGUCAGCCAUCUCCUAAACCUAUCAGUAAGAAGGUGAAAGAUGUCAGCUACGAUUAUGCUUAUUAUGAUAGCAUAGGACCGGAGCCUGAAUACGAGAUAGACACCGAAAUUAAAAGGGCGCCAGCGAAUUAGAGUUAAUCUAGAGUUACUGUUAAGUUACGUUUUAAAUUUCGGAAUAAGUCUUGAACAGUAUUUAAUUCCUAAUGCUUAGUGUAGGUUUACUUAAGCUGUAAGAUUGUACAUAUACCUAUUGUAAUAAAAUAUGUUGUUUUUUAAAA